UGAAUAGUCUGUACAUUUUAUCUUAUCUUUUGAUUAGAUAUUAGUGUUAUAAAAAAGUAAUUUCCCAACUUUCUUUUUGCCACUGGGCAAUAGUGAUUAAUCGUUUUACACUGGAUGUGUCUCAUGACAACUCCUCACCAUGUUUUCUGUGGCUCAUUAUAACAAGCAGAGCACUUUAAAAGAAAAAUCACAUUCCUCAAGAAAAGAAAACUGCACAAGCAAGGAGGAGGGAGCAGGGCUUUUAUUUUGAAAGCCGAAGUGUUGUGCUGUGAUUGUAAACACUGCUGAGGCAGCUUUCUCAGACUUGUGUGCAUUUGGAGAGCGCGUGGCGAAUGAGGUGGACACGUGGGGCAGAGAGUGUGAGCUCACCCCACCACAGUUGAAACACUUUGAUCCCUGGGGUAACAGAGUGGACCACAUUGUGACCUCCUCCGCAUGGAAACGCAUGAAAGACCUGUCGGCACAGGAAGGACUGGUUGCCAUCGGCUAUGAGAGGCCGUGUGGGGAGUGGAGUCGUGUUUACCAGAUGAGCAAGCUGUACAUCUACUCCCCCUCCUCUGGUCUUUACACCUGUCCUCUGGCCAUGACUGACGGAGCUGCUAAAGUCAUCCAGUCCAUACGUGCUUCGUGGCCUGUAGAUGAAGCCUACAGUCGUUUGACCACUCGUCUUCCUGAGCGCUUCUGGACGUCUGGACAGUGGAUGACAGAGAGACAGGGAGGAUCGGAUGUAGCCAGCGGCACCGAGACGGUGGCUGUUCCCCAAUCAGAUGGUUCAUACAAACUUCACGGUUUCAAGUGGUUCACCUCCGCCACAGAUGCAGACAUGACUCUCACACUGGCCAGAGUGCAGGACAGAAUGGGAGCCACCACACCAGGCAGCAGGGGUUUGUCUCUGUUCUACGCAGAGGUGAGUCGAGACCAGGCCGUGAGGGGUAUAGAGGUUCAGAGACUGAAGGACAAGCUGGGCACACGACAGAUGCCGACUGCUGAGCUACUGCUGGAUGGUCUGCCGGCACACAGGCUGUCAGAUGAAGGGAGAGGUGUGGCCUCCAUCGCCAACAUGCUGACGAUAACCAGGAUCCACAACAGCAUCUCUGCAGCAGCUGCAAUGAGAAGGGUGGUGCAGUUAGCUCGUGACUACGCCGCUCGCCGCUCUGCCUUCGGAAAGCUUCUUAAAGACCACCCACUGCACAUGCAGACUCUCGCUAGGAUGGAGGUGGAGACUCGCGGGGCGUUCCUUCUGGUGAUGGACACGUGUCGUCUGUUGGGCCGAGAGGAAAGCGGCACGGCGACCCAGCUUGAUUCGUACCUCCUGCGUCUGCUCACUCCUGUGGUCAAACUGUACACUGGGAAGCAGGCGGUGUCUGUGGUGUCUGAGGGGUUGGAAAGCUUCGGCGGACAGGGCUACAUUGAGGACACUGGGUUGCCUGGACUUCUUCGUGAUGCACAGGUUUUGAGUAUUUGGGAAGGUACAACAAAGUCUCUGGACGUGCUGCGCUGUGUGGCUCGCAGCUCAGGAAUGGUUCUUCACGCUUACUUCACUCAUGCUAAGUCCCUGCUAUCAGGUGCAUCGAGCGUUUCCUCCUUGGGCCCGGCAGUGAAAGCAGUAGACAGCGCGCUCUCUGAGCUGCAGACGUUUGUUCAAGUAGCAGCUAAGAGAGAAACCAGCUAUCUGGAGCUGGCAGCUAGAGACCUGGCAUACAGCCUGGCUCGCAUCUACACUGGUGCUCUUCUCAUCGACCAUGCCAGUUGGUCAGGAGCCUCUCCAUCUGACACCUAUGCUGCUCUCAGAUGGUGUGAACAGGAUUUGUGUCCCGUGGCGACCAAACAGGCGAGAGGCUGCUAUGAACCCAGCGCUCCACCACUCGACGCUGCGCUGGUGUAUGACCGGCCCACUCAAAGCUGAACGUUCAGUGAAAACAGAUAAAUCGGUCACUUCAUUUGUCCCUUAAUUUAAUUCCGUAGCAGAAUUAAUCACUGUAUACAAUUUUCUUGUAGUUGACUGAGACAUGAAAAAGAACAACAGAAAAGGUGAUUUGUGGUAUUUGUGGUACAACACAUUUUGGGCCAUCUUCCUCCAUCAAGUGUACAGAGAAUCAUUUUGGGCCCUGGCGCCUCAUAUCUAUCCCCAGGCUGAAAAUGUUAGUGUCAUCUUUGAUCCAGCAGUGAAACAUAAUAACACAGUUGUGAAAGAUAUGAAACUCUCGCCUUCCUCAUGCCUGAGUUAUUGCAUUAAUCAACUGCUUCAACCAGUCGUGCCUGUCCUGUUUGCAACUAGUGCAGAAUGUUGUUAAUAGAGUGAUCUGGUAAAAGGAAUAGACACAGCAUCUCACAAAAAAAACUAAUAAAAGAACCUUUUAAAA